AUGCAUGGGGACGCUGAUUACAAUGAUCUUUCACUAACAGCAAAUCAACACAUGGUAACCGGAGACCAUCUUCUCCAGUGUGAUGAGAAGCUGGAAUUUCCCGAGGGUCUGGAAACUUGUCUGCAAGAACGUGUGCUCAAUGAUUUCGCUUUUCGAAACGCCCGAACUCUGAGCAAGCUCAUGAACCAUGGCAGACGUCAUUGUCGCGUACGCUUCUGGAGCAUCGUCCACUGUCAGGUGGUGUAUGAUGUAAAAUCUCUUUCAGCUGUCAACAAUGAAGUGAACGACUGUGUCAUGGUGUUGGGAAUCAACGUCGAAACAUGUGGAUUGGAUCUUUUCUGGUCUGAGGUCAAUUGUAAUACAAAAAGCAAAUUCAAUAUACCAAGUUCAGUGUGGGAAAGAUGGUAG